CUUUUGAUACUGGAGUACAUUUUGCUUCGACUGAAGUAAACUGAGCUCUGCAGGUGAAAGAGGUGGAUUCUACCUGAGGGUGGAUCCUGUGGCUGCAGGUGUAUCAGGAGUAUCUGAGACAGACAGUAUCAUCCCUCCUCUAAUCUCUUUAUCCUCAUCAGGGUGACAGAGGAGUCUCCUCUGCCGGCUCCUCCAAACACUCCUCCGCCUCUCCAUCCCUCCGUUUCUCCUCUUUCCUCUCCACACUCCCAAAUUUAAAGGAUUCACAGGUUCCAGGUGUGUGUGUGUGUGUGUGUGUGUGUGUGCAUGGUGUGUGUAGGGGGGGGUACUCCUCUGUUUCUGCGGCGAUGAGUUUGAUGGGCGGUCGGUGGAUCUAGGCCACGUAACCGAGGGUGACGGAUUAUCUGACAGGAAGUCAGAGGAAAGAAUACUUCCAUGGCCAAAGUUGCCCCAUCAGUGCCGUCCCCCAUCUCCAAGUUAACUCCGCCCGCCAUCGUCCUACAUGACAUGGAGGAGGAGCCAGGUGACGUCGAGGGGGACGGACCUGCUCAAAGAGUCGGACCAGGAGUUCUGUUCAACGUCAACAACAGCAACAACAACGACGACGAGGACGAAAAGAAGAAAAAGAAGAAAGAGAAGAAAGAGAAGAAAGAGAGAAAACAGAAGAAGGAGAAGGAGAAGCAGGAGAAAAAGGAGAGGAAGGAGAAAAAACAGAAGGAGAAAGAGGAGAAGGAGAAGGAGAAGGAGAAGGAGAAGGAGAAGGAGAAGGCCAAAGAGGAGCCUCCGAAGGAGAUCACAGCGAUCGAUCCGGCAGGAAACACCUACUACUACUGGCUGGCUGUCAUCACCAUCCCUGUCAUGUACAACUGGACCCUGAUCAUCGCCAGGGCCUGUUUCGAGGAGCUUCAGACAGACUAUGUGGUCUACUGGUUCAUUCUGGACUUAACUGCAGACCUCAUCUACAUCGCUGACAUGAUCUUCAGAACACGGACAGGUUACCUGGAGCAGGGUCUACUGGUGAAGGACGAGCAGAAGCUGCGUGAGCGCUACAAGAAAAGCUUCCAGUUCAAACUGGACCUGGCCUCCAUGAUUCCCACUGACUUGCUGUACCUGGUCCUCGGCCUCACCUUCCCUGAGAUCCGCCUCAACAAGCUCCUCAGGUUCAACAGGAUGCUGGAGUUCUUCCAGAGAACCGAGACCAGGACGAACUACCCCAACGCUCUCCGCAUCUCCAACCUCGUCAUGUACAUCGUCAUCAUCAUCCACUGGAACGCCUGCCUCUACUACUCUUUCUCGAAGGCCAUCGGUUUUGGCGCUGACAGGUUUGUGUAUCCCGACCCGUCAGAUCCAGAGUUCGGUCGCCUGGUGAGGAAGUACGCCUACAGUAUGUACUGGUCCACGUUGACACUGACCACCAUUGGAGAAACGCCGCCCCCUGUGGAGAACUCUGAGUACUUCUUCGUUGUCACUGAUUUCCUGGUGGGCGUGUUGAUCUUCGCCACAAUCGUCGGUAACGUCGGUUCGAUGAUCACCAACAUGAACGCCGCCAGAGCCGACUUCCAGGCCCGCAUCGACGCCAUCAAACAGUACAUGAGCUUCCGUAAGGUGACUAAGGAUCUGGAGAAGCGAGUGAUCAAGUGGUUCGACUUCCUGUGGACCAAUAAGAAAGCUGUGGAUGAGAGGGAGGUGUUGAAGUACCUGCCAGACAAGCUGCGAGCUGAGAUCGCCAUCAACGUCCACCUGGAAACCCUGAAGAAGGUUCGCAUCUUUGCGGACUGCGAGGCCGGUCUGCUGGUGGAGCUGGUGCUGAAGCUGCAGCCUCAGGUCUACAGUCCAGGAGACUACAUCUGUAAGAAAGGCGACAUUGGCCGAGAGAUGUACAUCAUCAAGGAGGGAAAGCUCGCUGUCGUCGCUGACGACGGCAUCAAGCAGUUUGUCGUGCUGAGUGAUGGAAGCUACUUUGGCGAGAUCAGCAUCCUGGCUAUCAAAGGCAGCAAAGCAGGAAACAGGCGGACAGCCAAUAUCAGGAGCAUCGGUUACUCCGACCUCUUCUGUCUUUCCAAAGACGACCUGAUGGAGGCGCUAACAGAGUAUCCCGAUGCUAAGGCUCUGUUGGAGGAGAAGGGAAGGCAGAUUCUGAUGAAGGACGGACUGCUGGACCUGGAGGUGGCAGCGCAGGGUCCCGACCCCAAAGAGAUCGAGGAGAAGGUGGAGCGGAUGACGAGCACUCUGGACGUCCUGCAGACACGUUACGCUCGGCUGCUGGCCGAACACGAAGCCACUCACAGCAAACUCAAGCAUCGAGUCACCAGGCUGGAGAGGAAGCUGGUGCCACCGCCGCGAGCUGACCAGCCAGGUGAAGCUCCGCCCCCUCCAACACCUGAGACCCAGACAGUUAAACCAGAAGAGAAGAAGUAGGGUGCAAAUGAAGAGGAGGAGGAGGGGGAGGACUGGGAUGUUUGAUUUUAGAGCUUGGGUUCUUCAGAUGGGAGGAGAGAAGGAAAUUUUCUUCAAACUUCAAGUUUUGGCAACAAGAUACGUUUCAAAUUAUGUUUGUGAAAUUCAGAUUCAUAUUAGAUCCAGAGGUGCAGGAAAAGAAAACAAGCCCCGCUUCAAUUCAAGUCAGUAUUUACCUGUCACUUCAAGUCACAUCACAUCACAUCAGUUCACUUCAAGUCACAUCACAUCACCUCAGUUCACUUCAAGUCACAUCACAUCACUUCAGUUCACUUCAUGUCACGUCAUGGCUCAGCUUCAGCCAAUCAAAUUGGAUUGAUUCACACUGGAUGUAGAGAGUUGAAUGUGAAUGUGAAGAACUAGAUUUAAAAGUUGUAUCAUUCUCUGAGGUUUUAUGACAGUAGUUAUAUUUUCUGCACUCAUUCUGCUUUAUGAGCGACACUUCCACCAAAAACAUCUUGCUUUUCUUCAACAUCAGUCAAAAACUUGCAAACUUAGAGGCUGAAAGUCGUGUUCACACUGGGAACGACCUGAAGGGAAAGUGAACUGACUCCAGAUUACAUAGACUGCAUGUGAAGGAACUGCUGUGUCAGCAGAGCACAAGAGGAAGAGCGAGCUUCAGCACGACUCAGGGAGAGAGAGAGAAAAUAUACUUCGUGUGUGAAACUGUGAAACUGUGCUGCGUCAUCUUAAUUAAAAAGCUCCACAUCUGUUCCUCUGAGCUUUUUAAUGUCACAGCAGCAGUUCAGCAUAUUUCUGAGUUAAAAGAAUAGAAACAGACUUAAAGUCAGUCCGAGUCAAAGUGUGGAACAUGAAUGAAGUCUGUGAACACCGUUAGGGGUCAAAUGAAAAUGUAUUAUCUCAGUGCAAGUUUUUCAUGGUUAUUUUUUCUGACUUUGAUCCGGACAGACUGAAUCAACUGUAGAACAAGCUUCCCCUCCUAGAUCACCUGCUUGAGAAACAGUAGAGGUCAAAGGUCAGCAGGUGCGACUGACAGGAAACACGUACGCCCCCAGCUUGUUUUCCGUAAAGAGGUCCUUGACCUUCCCCUAUCAUUCAUUUUCUACAGCCAAUCACAUCCCUGCUUUGUGUAAAUAGUUGUUUAAGCUCCAUAGCGAACUCACGACCCAAACUAAUCCUGGAAGCACUG